AUUUUUAAUGUUGAGUAACUGCAUGCUGGUCUGCGUGUGCUGGAGAGGGUGAGAGAGAGAGAGCUAGAGGAAUAAAGUGCUCCUCCUGGAUCUUAUCGGAGCCUUCUCUUGCCUUCCCCUCUCUCGCCGUCCCCUGUACUUCUUGGUUUCGGCUCGUGUCCAUUGAAGUUGGGGAGGCCCUGGAGAGGACACACAAUGGAGCGAAGAGCCUGUGGCAACUGGGCCGUUGUACUACUGAGAGGGGGAUGGGGUAGAGAGAGGACCGGUUCACACAGCUAACACAGCCUGCCGGCUGUAGGCUUUAAAAGCCUUUCCUCCCCGCCUGGACCCACUGUUUCCAGACUGGGGCCUUUUUUUUUUGUAGAGCAGCCACCCUCAAACAACGCUUGGACGACACUAAGGAUUAUUCACCAUGUUUUGUGGGAUUUUAGGGUACAUACUGGAGCCUGAAGAAUAACACACCCGUGCUUUGGAUAAGAGAAAAGAAAAAACAAACUUCUGUGUAGUUCUUGCCCGUUUUUGGUUUCUGUUUCAGUUUAGCGGAGUUCAUAAAUGGAUUACAAGAUGCAUGCCAAGUCAAACGAUUUGCUGGAUUUUCAAAAACUGGAUGCCCUUCUGGAAAAAAUUGCACAUUCAGUCUCUGUGAAAAGAGAGUCCAGCGAGGAGUGCAAUGGGAUCAGUGGUGCUCUGUCAGUGGAGUCUGUGCCGGGGCCAAGACUGAACUGGUGUCCUGCCAACACCACUACCCCUGCCCCUGCAGCUCCUGCUCUGGGGCCCGAGCCCGCGCCCAACCCUGUUAGAAUGGGGGACGGCCUGGAUGCAGCACAGAUGUCGGGCAGCAGCAGCAGCCAGGGGCAGGCCCAGCAAAUGGGCAACCCCCCACCCCCAGAGUACAUCAAUCCCAACAGGCCGAAGCGCCAGACCAAUCAGCUGCAGUACCUGCUCAAGGUGGUGGUGAAGGCCCUGUGGAAGCACCAGUUUGCCUGGCCCUUUCAUAUACCAGUGGAUGCGAUCAAACUUAACCUGCCUGACUACUACACAAUAAUCAAAACUCCUAUGGACAUGGGAACAAUCAAGAAAAGGCUUGAGAACAGUUACUACUGGAAUGCCCAAGAAUGUAUCCAAGACUUCAACACAAUGUUCACCAACUGCUACAUAUACAACAAGCCUGGAGAUGACAUAGUCUUAAUGGCUGAGUCUCUAGAGAAGGUUUUCCUCCAAAGGGUCACAGAAAUGCCUCAAGAAGAAACCGAAAUUGUUGUCAUGACAGGGAAAGGACGUGGCCGGGGUCGAAGAGAAGGAGGUCUGAACUUGAAACCAGGGCCCAUCAUUGAUUCUUCGUCCUUGACUCCUCAAACCCGUGGUCUGUCAAACCUCUCAGCAGCACCGCAGACCAGAGGACCAGUGCAGGGCCCGCCUUCACUACCUCCCCAGCCUUUGAUGCAGGCCCUGCCGUCCCACGUGGCCCCAACAUUACCCAGUCAUGCGCCACAGCUCGGAGCUCCCUACUCCCUGGGCCAAUCAGACUGUGCUCCUCAAGUUCCCAUCAUGACUUCUGUGCCUCCCCCUGCUCAGACCUCCCUUCCCCCAGCAUCCAUCCAGAGUACUGCCCCUAUGAUGCAGAACCCUAUAACCAUGACCAAACAAAGAAAGAGCCAGAAAAGGAAAGCUGACACUACAACGCCCACAGCAAAUGACCAACUGAGUGAGUCUUCACCAGCAGAGUCCAAAUCUGGGAAGACACUACCCAGGCGAGAGAGUACCCGGCCUACAAAACUGAUAAAGAAGGAUGCUCCCGACUCCCAGCAUCACAUAGGCAUGGGGAUGGGACUGAGUGGACCAAGUGGAGGUCAUAGCCCCAAACCACAGGAUCAGCUGGGAUACUGCGCUAGUCUGGUUAGGGAUAUGCUGUCCAAGAAGCAUGCUGCUUACGCCUGGCCAUUCUACAAACCUGUUGAUGUGGCUGCACUAGGACUACAUGAUUAUCACGACAUCAUCAAAUUUCCAAUGGACCUCAGCUCCAUCAAGGCCAAGCUGGAGAAUAGGCAAUACCGAGAACCCCAGGAGUUUGCAGCUGACGUACGAUUAAUGUUUUCCAACUGCUACAAAUAUAAUCCACCAGACCACGAGGUGGUAGCUAUGGCACGCAAGCUACAGGAUGUCUUUGAGAUGCGCUUUGCCAAGAUGCCAGAUGAACCUGAGAUCAAGCCCCUGGUUCCUGCCCCAGCUCCGACACUUCACCAUCCUGCACCUGUUAAGCCCCAGCCUCCUUUGGCCCAUGUCCCCUCAUCUUCCGACAGCUCCAGUGACUCAUCCUCUGAGUCUGAGUCAUCCACGGAUGACUCGGAAGAGGAGAGAGCCCAGAGGCUGGCAGAGCUCCAGGAACAGUUGAAGGCUGUCCACGAGCAGCUGGCUGCCUUGUCCCAACCACAAGCCAGCAAACCAAAGAGAAAAGAGAAGGAAAAGAAGGAGAAGAAAAAAGAAAAGCAUAAGAAGAAAGGAGGCAUGUUGGGCCUUGUAGAUGAGAUCCAAGAUGCUACACCUAUUCCACAGCUCUCUAAGAAGACCAAGACCAGUAACAAUAACAACAAAGAGGUUGUACCCAAGAAAAAACCCAGUAAAAAGGAAGGGAUGAAAAGCAAUCACCCCUCUAACCUGCUGCCGGUUCCUAGCCUGGAAGACGAUUUGGGGGCCGCUGGGUCAUCGACUGAAAUCAGAUCAGAAAAGUGUAAGCCUAUGACGUAUGAGGAGAAGAGGCAGCUAAGCCUGGACAUCAACAAGCUUCCUGGUGAUAAGCUUGGCCGUGUAGUGCAUAUCAUCCAAUCCAGAGAGCCCUCACUCAAAAACUCAAACCCUGAUGAGAUCGAGAUUGACUUUGAGACGCUAAAGCCUUCCACUCUGCGCGAGCUGGAAAGAUAUGUGUCUUCCUGCCUCCGCAAGAAGAGAAAAGUUCCAGUUGAGAAGGCUGUGGAGUCGAUGGCUACCUCCAAAAAGACUGGGACAUCUUCAGAGAGCAGCGGCUCCAGCACAGACAGCGAAGCUGAGGGGACAGGAAUAACAAAGCAUCAGAAUCAUAAGAAGAAGGGACAGUCUGUGAAGGAGGGGAAGAAGACACAUCCACAUGUACACAUUCAAAGUGGCCCUGCUCCGACUGGGCUUCAUUCCCAAAUUGCAGGCCUUCAGUCCAGCAGUCAGGUGAAGCAGCAGCAUCAGCCAUCUCCUGCAGGCUUCAUUGCCCCCCCUGUAGCCGCUCUGGAGUCUUCCCAGUUACUGGAGACUAGCUUUGAGUCCCUACCACCUUUCGGCCAGCCCCUUUUGCAUCUGUCCCACCACGCAGGCAACUCCUCCUCACCCGCUCCUCCACACCUCAACGCUCAUUCUGCCGGGCAAGUGUCUCCUGAGACCCACCCCUUCCUCAACCAGCAUCCUGUCCUCACAUCUCCAGCCUUGCACAUUUCCAUGCCUCAGCAGCCUUCUCGACCCAGUCACAAGGCAGCGCCUCUUCAUCCCAAACCCCCUCAGCAGCAAUUAGCCCCUCCUCAGCAGCAGCCAACCCUGCAGCCGCAACAACUGCCUCCGCAGCAACUCCAGCCCCAGUCAGCAGCACCACCACAGCACCAGCUUUCCUCCCAGAUCCUUCAUCCUCCUCAGCCCCUGCACCAGCGGCCCAUGUCCCCUCCAACACUCACACCCCAGGGCUUGCUGUCUUCCCAGCCUCCCCAGAUGCUGCUGGAGGAUGAUGAAGAGCCAGGGUCUACAACGCCUAUGAACCAAGUACAGUUAUACCUGCAGCAGUUCCAGCAAGCCCGUCAGCCCCAGCAGUCCAUGCAAUUGCUCCAGGCCCAGGCUCGUCAGCAACAGCAGCAGCAACAGCAGCAGCAGCAACAGCAGCAGCAACAGCAGCAGCAACAACAGCAACAGCAGCAGCAGCAACAGCAGCAGCAGCAGCAGCAACAGCAGCAGCAACAGCAGCAGCAGCAGCAGCAGCAGCAGCAACAGCAGCAGCAGCAGCAGCAAAAACAACAACAAACAGGACAGAUCUCUCUUCUGCAGUCUGUUCAGGGACAAUCUCAACUCUCCUCUCAGACCACGCUGCCUCCUCCCCGGCUCCCUGUUCAGUCCCAGGCUCAGCCAGCCCCGUCACACCAGGCCCCGCCCCAACAUAUCCCUCUACACCAGGCCCACCACAUGCAGCACACUCUGCCGCAGCAACAGCAGCCACAACCGCAACAACUGAACUACCAGCAGGGUCCUGGACUAGCUGGUCAGUCCCAGGGAUCACAACACAAGGUGUCCAUGCCCUCCAACAAAGGACAGCAGAUCAUCCAGCAACAGCAAGAGCAGCCCUCUCCUCGGCCAACCAAGGCGGACCUUUACAACGCAGGUCACAUGAGGGACAACCCAUCCCCUCUCAUGAUGCAUUCCCCACAACUUCCCCAGUAUCCACCUGUGUCUCACCAGUCCCCACCUCACAACAUGCAGCCCAAAAAGCAGAGGGCCCCUGUGAGCCAUAGUGGGGUAAAGGAGGAGAAAAUUCCUCCAUCACCAGUGAUACGAGGAGAGCCAUUUAACCCUGCAAUGAGACCAGACCAUCACAAACAUCCUGAUAACAAGUCUUCUCAGCCAGGCCACAGCCAACAGAAUGUAAAGUCCAUGGACAGCUUGCGACCUGUCAUCCGCUCCUCUCAGUCCAGUGGACCGCCGUCCUCUCUGCAAGACAAGGAUAAGUUCAAGCAGGAGUCCAAGGCGCCCAUUGCCCCCAAAAAGGUACAGGAUGUGAAACUGAAGAAUAUGGGCUCAUGGGCCAGCCUGGCACAAAAGUCCACAUCUACACCCUUAUCUGCAGUGAAGUCAUCAAGUGACAGUUUUGAGCAGUUCCGUCGGGUUGCCCGGGAGAAAGAGGAGAGGGAGAAAGCACUGAAGGCCCAGGCUGAGCAGGUGGAAAAAGACAGACAACGCAGAGAGCAGGACAAACUACGGGGUCGAGAUGAAGAGGACAUCAUGGAGCCAAGCAGAAGGGUGCACGAGGAGCCACGCAGACGUCUAGAGCAGCAACACGUUCAAGCUCCUUCGCAGCAACAACAACAGCAGCAGCAACAACAACAACAGCAGCAACAACAACAACAACAACAGCAGCAGCAACAACAACAACAGCAGCAGCAGGAGCCCCAGCCAGCUGCCAUUCAGCAGCCUCCUCAAUCCCCCCCACCGCCUCAGCCUGCCACACAGAACCCACUCGACCAACAGAGGGAGCUAGCACGCCGCCGAGAGCAGGAAAGGAGGAGGCGAGAAGCGAUGGCAGCAACUAUUGACAUGAACUUCCAAAGUGACUUAAUGGCUAUCUUUGAGGAGAAUCUGUUUUGAGGAAUGGGGCAACUGAAACGACACUGCAAAAAAAGGAGAAACAAAACUUG